CCAUCCCCACACGACACUGCAUUGCAUUUCGAACUCAAGCAUAAACACAUCCAUUUGUUGCAAUUAUAUGCGAAUUUCGUGUGUAUGGUGGAUAAAAUAAUACAAUACAUUAAAAUUAAAUGUGAAGUUGUGUCUGAAUAAUCCUGUAGUGUUUUAUAAAGCAUCCCUGGCACCAGUGGCAAGCAUUGGCAUCCAUGGCUUACUUUGGCGUCUAUAUACCGCCAUCCAAGGCGGGCUUUGAGGGCAAUUUAACCCAAUGUGCGGGCUCCAUAGCCGCGGACAACAUCAAGAUUUCCCCAGAAUGUCCGGCUAGUGGGGCAGAAGAAUCGUCAGCAUAUGAGGAUCCUGAAUAUCCACCCGACUCGCCGCUUUGGCUGAUAUUCAAGGAGAAGUCCAAGGCGCUGGACGUCUUGCGCCACUACAAGGAGGCGCGUCUGCGCGAAUUUCCCAACCGUGAACAGGCAGAGAGCUACGUACAAUUCGGCUUCGAGAGCAUCCAGUCGCUGAAGCGCUACGGCAAGGCGAAACCUGCCAGCAAGCCGGUGCAAUUGCCUACAACGUUGAGCUACAAAUCGAAUUCUGGCAGCGCAGAGAGUCCGUUUUCUUCGUCACCCACCAACAGCACGAGUGCGUCCCCCUGCUCCGGACUCCCGUUGGGCAUGUCGAACAUGCUAUUAUCCUUGCCGAACAGCAGCAACAGCAACAACAACAGCAGCAGCAGCAGCAGCAGCAGCAACAACGCCAAUUGCAUUGGCAGCAACAGCAGCACUCCGCUAAAUGGCGAGCGUCCGCCGUUCCGGGCGCCCACCAAGCAAGAGCUAGUUGAGUUCCGCAAGCAAAUCGAGGCUGGCAAUUAUGAGCGGGUCAAGCGUACAGUUUGGGACAACCCCCGCUAUUUGAUCAGCAGCGGGGACACGCCGACUAGCUUGAAGGAGGGCUAUCGCUACAACGCCAUGCACAUCUGUGCCCAAGUCAAUCAGGCACGCGUCGCUGAGCUCAUUCUGAAGAUAGUCUCGGAUCGCGAGUUUACACAGUUGUAUGCGGGCAAGAAGAGCAGCAGCGAAAUGUGCGCCGCUCUAAAUGUGAAUCUGCUCGAUUACUAUCUCAACAUGCCCGACAAGGGGCGUGGCGAGACGCCGCUGCACUUCGCCGCCAAGAACGGGCACAUUGCCGUUGUUGAAGUGCUCACCUCGUAUCCGCAGUGCAAGUCGCUGAAGAACACGGAAGGUAUGCACCCCAAGGACAUUAUCUGCCAACGGGCACCCAACGCCAGCUUAGUGGUGAUCAAGAAGCUGGAGCUCCUCCUGUCGGAGCCACACUAUGUGCCCGUUCUACGCGCUGUAGGCAACCAACUGCCACCGCAAGUUGGACAUCCCUUUACGCCCAAUGAUCCGCCGAUUUUGCAGCACAAGACCGACGAGUCGGACCGCCUGAAUGUGGACCUUAAAAUUAGCGCCUUGGCUGGGCCUAUGCCGCGUGAGCAGGCCAUGAACUUCUUUCGCCGCUGGAAGACGCCGCCGCGUGUUGGCAGCAAUGUGGCCUCGCCGUUGGCCAACUCAAGCUACAUCUCGCCCAUGAAGUCGCCGACCAAGGCAUUUCUCAACGAAAGCUCUGGCAUUGUGUCGAGGCGGCGCGCGUUGUUCAGCCCACGAGCCGCGGCGUUAAAUGCAUCGCUCAACGAAGCCAACGGAAAUCACAAGGCCCAACAAGAGGAGGGCCAACUGCCCAACACCGAUGUGGACCCCAUUGAGCACAACAAUAAUUGCACGUAUAACAGAUGCGGCAUGCCCUCAACGCCCAUACGUCAAAUGAAACCGGACUUGUUUUUAAAGUAUCGCGACAACUCCGCGUCUCCGAUUAUUAUGGAUUCAUCACUGGACGUAGCCGAGCUGAGUCUGAACAUGUCCGUGUCCACAUUGAACGACAGUUUCCGCGAGCGUCACAUCAAGAACUCGGACAUUGAGAAAGGCCUUGAGGUGGUCGGUCGACAGCUGGCGCGCCAAGAGCAGCUGGAGUGGCGCGAGUAUUGGGACUUUCUCGAUGCGUUUGUCGACAUGGCCUCCGCGGAUGGUCUUCGCCGUCUAGAGAGCUAUCUGUCUGCCAAGCACGAGCUGGCGCAAGCCUCCAUGCUGGCGGAGAAAUCACACCAGGCGUGGAACUUUUCUGAAAUUCGUCAGUAUUUAGGCUUAGUGGCUGACCGACCGAAAUCCAACAAUUCUGAAUCCCCUUGUGUCUCCAUUACGCAAGUAAUGACGCCGUACACCUGUGUGGAGAAGUCGCUGCAGGUGUUCGCGAAACGAAUCACCAAGACGCUCAUCAAUAACAUUGGAAACAUGGUGUCCAUCAAUGACACACUGCUCUCCGAGCUCAAAAGACUGAAAUCCCUCAUCGUGAGCUUCAAGGACGACGCACGCUUCAUAAGCGUUGACUUUGGCAAGGUGCACUCGCGCAUCGCUCACCUCGUAGCCAGCUACAUAGCCAACUCACAGGAAGUCAGCCCCCAGCUGCGCAACCAGUUGACGCAGAUGCUGCGCAAGAUGCUGCAGCUGAAUGGCGAGCGACGCGAGCACUUACACUGCGUCUGCGACAGCAUGCUGCUUGUGCUGGAGCAGGCCCCGACUGUCAAGCUGCCGGACGCACUGAAGACCGAGGAGCUGUGCUCUGCCGCCUGGGAGCUGGAGCAGUGCUGCAACUGUCUGUGGGAUGCGAAUCUCAGCCGGAAGACGAGCAGGCGAAAGCGUACCGAAUCGUUGCGGGCCCAAGCGCAGGACUUUGCCAAUGCCACCACAAUGCUGGCCUCGGCCGCAGUCGCUCUUCAGAGCGCUGCCGCGCCCAAUGCGGAUGCCGUUGUGGCCACUCCCGAUGUGAACUCCUGGCGCAGCAACGAUAAUGAUGAUGAUAAUGAUGAUGACGACGACGAUGCCAACGAUGAUUCCUUCUUUUUCGAAUGUGGUGGUGGUGAGGACAGCAGCGAUGAUGAGGAGGUAUUUCUGACGCCACCCGAAAGCCGAUCGCCCAUAUUGUCGUCUGAUGUGGAUCCUCCCUACGAGCUUUUCAUCUUUGGCAAGGAGCCAACCAAGCGAGAUUUAGAUGUGCUCAACGCUAUUUUCCACGUGGACAUCGAUAAGGAGACGCUGCCAUUCGUUCAUGCCUGGCAAACAGCCAUGGAAAACUUCUCUUCUGCCGAGAUGGAUCUCUUCCCCUCCCCGAAGAAUGUGCAAAAGUUGCAUAAGCCAUCGCAUUUAAUCGGCACCCCGCCCAAUUCGAUGAGCAGCUCAGCCAAUUGUAAAUCCAGCAGUAUUCUGAAUGACAGCGAUCCGGUGGUUCAGCCGAAACGUCUGUUCGCGUUCGCCACGCCCAAGAUAAACGCAGCGGCCUUGCGUCGACAGACUGCCGGAACACCGACGACUCCUCCGAAGUCGGCACGAUCGCAGCGAGUGCCAGACAAGUCGUGGCAAUUGGCUACCUCAUCGCCAAAACAGACCUCAUCGCCAUUACCGUCGUUUGCCUCCCUUGCUAUGGCUACCGUGCAUCAGAAACUUACUGUGGCCUCCGUAUCACAGUCAUUCCAAACGCCUCUAAACAAAAUGCGCGGCAUUUUCAGCAAGUAUCGCGAGGUUAGCCAGGAUACCAGUCCGAUGCCAGUGUCGCCGGGCUAUGUCAACAACCGGUCGCUCUCUUUGGAAGAGAGCGACUGAUUAUUUGAAUAUGCGUAAAAUACUUAAAACAGGAUCCGAGCAGUUGCAUGACGAACUGCCGAUUAUWAUUAUUUUAUUAGUCUUGAUUGUUGCCUGCCUUUAGAGAUACAUUAUU